AUGAGCAACGGCGUGGGCUUCACCGUGUUCCAAGUGCCGGGCGCCAAGUCGACCAAGCGCUCGACGGGCGCGCGGCUCGGCGGCGGGCCCGUGCUCUCGAGCGCCAGCAGCUCGCACAACCUCGGCGAGCCGUACGCCGCCUCCCCGCACGUGAGCAACGCGUCCCUGUCCAGCGCCGGCUUGAGCUCGUCCCUGCUGGCGCAGCAGCGCGGCCAGCGCAACAGCGCCACGACGUUCGCGGCCUUCCAGCCGCCCGGCGGCCUGCAGCCGCUCUCGUCGCAGAGCUCGGGCAUCUCCACGACCAUCGGCGCGCCCUACGCCGGCACCUCCGGUAGCAUGGGCAGCCACAGCUCCACCAGCAGCAACUCGGGUCUGGCCGUGCCCAUGGGGGUCGGCAUCGGCUUCAAGUCCGGCGUCGGGGGCGACGAGGAGCAGCCGCGCGGCGGCACCAGCUGGAUGCGCACGGGCCGCGUGAUCCGCGUCAAGGACUCGGGCGACAGCUUCCGCUUCCCGCUGGACAACGAGCACCUGCCGACCACCAACGUGUCGGCCGAGCAGUUCGAGGCGCUCAAGACCAAGCUGCAGGCCGUCGCCGAGACGCAGGUCAACUCGCCGGCCACGUGGCUGGACAACCCGAGCCUGAGCCCGCAGUACCGCAACCAGAGCUGGAAGCCGCACCUCGAGAAGAAGAACUGCGUCAUCUACCGCCAGAAGGAGGCGGCCGACGCCAGCAACCUCCAGCGCAAGUCCAUCCUGCGCGCCAAGCUCGACACGUCGCUCGAGGAGCUCGAGUACGCCGUCAACUGCGCCACCACGGAGGACGAGCGCGCCUACAUGUCGCACUGCUACCAGGACAGCUUCCUGGACUCGGCCGUGCUGCAGGUGCACGAGAAGGCGUCGAGCGACGACCCGUUCCAGUUCAUGGGCAUCAAGUGGCUCGCGUUCCAGAGCUCCGUGGACUCGGUCUUUAGCUGCCGCGACACGCUCGUGGUCGAGUUCUCCAAGACGAUGGAGGACGCCAAGGGACAGAAAGUGCUGGUCAAGGUCCAGCAGAGCGUCUCCAUGGCCGACUGCGACGGCCAUGAGCGCAACUUUGGUUUCUCGCGCACCACGGGCAUGUGGGUCUGGCUCUUCCGCAGCAUGGACACGUCCAGCGGCAAGGUCGACAUGUCAGUCUUCUCCGAGGACCGCUUCGACAGCAACCGCAACACGCCGAGCUGGUUCGCGAACCGCGUGGUCUCGACGCUCUACACGGUGGCCAUCCACCACGCCACGGCCGCGGACGCCAAGUUCCUGGUGCGCAGCCGUAUGAUCACAGACAAGGCGUGGGUGCCCAAUAACGAGCGCCCGGCCUGCUCCGUGUGCUUCAAGAGCUUCAACCUGCUGCGCUCACGCCACCACUGCCGCGUGUGCGCCGAGAUCAUGUGCGGGGCCUGCACCAUCGAGCUCGGCAUCCAGGCCAGCAAGCUGCCCACCGGUAUGCUGCCCGAGACGGGCAACAGCUUCAUCGUCAGCGUAGAAAAGUUCUGCCUCAAGUGUAUAAACAAGGCCCGACAGGAGCGCCGCAGUGCACUCGCAGCCAAGAGCGCCGGUGUCGACCUGGCGGACGAGGGCCUCGACGACAACGUGCCCUCGGCGUACGCGUCUCGUGCUAGUGAAGUGUUCUACGGCCAGAUGCCUCCUGCUCGCGGCUCGCUGUCGGACCACUCGGCCGAUAGGGAUCUGACCUCGCAGCAGAACCACUCGUUCGCGUCCUCGUCCUCGUCUACGAGCUCAUUAGGGGGAACCAGCGGCACCAGCGGCGACAAGUCGGGCAUUUCGUACGCUGGUUGGAGUACCAAGGUCCUGUCUGCUAUCAACCGGGAGAAGCCUGCAGAUGGAGCCAAGGAGCAGUCGCUGGUAACACUUACGUCGGCCGGCAGCAGCAGGACUCUGGAUAUCGGCGCCGCGCGCAACGGACGGCAAACAUCAGGGGACCGACGGCGGCACAACUCCGACGCAUCGGGCGCGUCCACUAGCAUCAGUUCGCAGAGCGACCGUGGCAGCAACUCGGUGUCGGACGUCAAGAGCCGCAAGGAGCCGACAGACGCCGUCGUGCUGCUGGAGGAGCCCGACCAGGUGCAGAACAUAACGCCGCUGCCGACGUCGUUCACCAAGAUGGAGGAGCAGAUCGCAGCACAGCAGGCGCUGCUCCGGUCCAUGUUUAUUGAGGGCAAGAAGAUCAUGGAGCAGCAGCAAGCGUACGCCGGACAGGUGCACCCGGCGCAGCAGCAGCGUUACAUCAACCAGAUGCAGCCCCCCGAGAGCGUGGAGAGCAAGGCACCACUCGCCCUGCCACCUUCCUCGAGUUCUAUCGAGUACAUUGACUGAGCAAGCUGUACGAAUCCCACCCAUCGUUAGUUGGUUGCUGUCGUGACUCUGUUAGCUCAGUUCUCUGCAUUUUGCAUCGCUACGAUACCGUGCGUCCCGUGUUCAAAGUGCCAUCCCUGUAAUAAACAUUUCCGUCU